GGUUAAACGUCAGCAGCAUUGUUCCUGCGACGACUGUCAAACCGAAAAUCGAUCGAUAAACUUCAUCUGCAAUCAAAUUUUUCAGCCACGGUAGCUCGGACACUGUUACACAAAGUUAGUGGCUGCGAUCCGAAUUUGUGCCAAAAUUAGUGUCCCUUUGUGCCAAUUACUUAGCCGAACCGAAAGCCAAAUCUCCACCGAAUCAUGCUAAGCUAAAGUCGGGAUUUUUUCCUCACCAUUCAGGGCGCCCUAGGAAAUUGAAUGCGAGGAAUUAGCUUGCGUUUUAUGCGAGGAGUAUUACCGUUCUUCCUUCAUUUGCAUCACGUCACCCUCAUCCAGUUCUCAUCAUUUGUUGUCGUUAAAUAAUUACCGUUUCUAGUUAGCGAAAGAAGCAAUGAAAAAGCAAAAUGUCCGGACCAUUUCACUAAUCGUGUGCACCUUCACUUACCUCUUGAUCGGGGCUGCCGUCUUCGAUGCUCUGGAGUCGGAAACGGAGAAAAAACGCUGGAAGGCUCUUAGCGCCGUCGAAAAUGUCCUCAUCACACGUUACAACAUAUCGGCCGAGGACUUCAAGGUGAUCGAAACCGUCAUCAUGAAAUCGGAACCACACAAAGCGGGCCAGCAGUGGAAAUUUUCCGGUGCGUUCUAUUACGCGACCACAGUUUUGACCACCAUCGGAUAUGGUCAUUCGACGCCAUCCACGGUGAGUGGAAAAAUUUUCACCAUGUGCUAUGCGGCGAUCGGUAUUCCCCUGGGGCUGGUAAUGUUCCAGAGCAUUGGCGAGCGAGUUAAUCGAUUGAGCAGCGUAAUCGUUCAUGCAGUGAAAACCUCCUUCAACUGCAAGAAAGCGAUAGCCUCGGAAGUGGAUUUAAUUCUGGUAGUUACCACGUUGAGCUCGCUAACGAUCGCAGGCGGAGCCGCAGCGUUCAGUAAAUUCGAAAAUUGGUCCUAUUUCGAUUCCGUCUAUUACUGUUUCAUUACCCUGACCACCAUCGGAUUCGGAGACAUGGUCGCCCUGCAGAAGGACAACGCCUUGAACCAGAAACCCGAGUACGUUGCGUUCGCCCUGAUAUUCAUCCUUUUCGGCCUGGCAGUGGUGGCUGCGUCGUUGAAUCUGCUGGUGCUCCGUUUCGUAACGAUGAACACGGAAGACGAAAAGCGAGACGAGGCCCAGGCAAUUCAGGCAAUGCAAAUAGCCGUCAAACUGGAUGGGGACAUCAUUACCGGCAAUUCCAGUGACUCGGACCGUAAGUGCUAUGAACGAAUGUCAAUUUCCGGUCCCGCCCGGGGUAGCUUCGCCGGCUGCCCACGGAAAUACGAGGGACCGGACACUAGUAUCGGUUACAUUAUGGAUGCCAGCUAUCGCUACCCGCUGGUAGACUGUGAAAUGGCCGAACUUCGGUCGCCCGGCUUGAACUACGACGCGUUCGAGCUGGAGGAAACCGAAGACGAAGGGCUUGCCAGUCCGCUGCGGUACGAUCUUCAGCCCAAUCGGGGUCGGGCGUCGGUUUAGCGGCCGGGAUAGCAGUUCGAAGGAACGUAAUUCGGAGUAGAAGUUAAAAUAAUUGAGCUAAUACAAUUUUCGGGGUCUAAAUUUUUAAUAAGAACAAUUAUUGUCAAGUUUUUUUUUAGUAAUAGAGUUUAAAGACGAUCGGUUGCGAUAAUAAAAAUUCGGUACAAAGUAA